GGACUUUCUUUAUCCUAUUUUAUUUAGCUCUCUGUAUACAUACACACCAUGUCUGACUUUGGCGAUUUCAAUUCUCCCAAUGAGGAUCCUACUGCUGAUUUCCUUGCUCGUGAGCGAGCGGCCUUGGGCGCAGAUGCCGACUUAUUUGCUACAGAUGAUGUGAGCUCACCUAGUCAGUUUACUGGUGCCAUUUCGCCUGCGCCCGUCUUACCUUCGCCUUCCGCAAUGGUAUCUCCCUCCACCGGUGGAUUGGGUGCCCAAGACUACAACGAUAUGCCAACCUCCCAUACUGCCGUCUCCCCCAACGGCGCUGGUGACUACUCGGCUUUUGAGCACGAAUUCCCAAAGGCCGAAGAUCUCGAAUCGUCUCAGGCUUUCCACAAGGCCAUGUUGCCUGAUGAAGAACCAGAAGUCGUACGACAAUGGCGUGAGAAGCAAAAGGAAGUGAUUGCACAGCGCGAUGAGGAAGAGGAGCGAAAGAAGCAAGAAACCAUCGAACAAGCGCGUGAAGAUAUUGAUCGAUUCUACGAAGAAUAUAAUGAAAAGAAACAGAAAGCCAUCGAAGAGAACAGAGAGCGCGAGGAAAACUAUCAAAAGGAUCGCGAAGAAGCCUCUUCUGCCAAUGUGUGGGAACGUGUGGUGCGCGAAUUUGAUCUGUCGAGCUCUGCCAAGGCGGCUCGACAAACCCGAGACGUGAGCCGUAUGAGAGAACUGAUGACGGAUCUUCGAAAGGACCCCAAAGCUCCCGGUACCAUUGUCCAGGCAUAAAGAAAAAAACUUGAAAAUAUUACACUCUUUUAUUGGAUUACUUCUUUUUCCCUCUUACUUUAUAGUUUCAAACUCAUGUGUGUAUGCUGUGCUCUAAUAAGCUUAUGAAGCUCGUUGGAGAUGCUAUUGACUGACACUGCAAUGUUUAACGCGAAGCUUCCUGAUGCUCAGGACCGCGCUGACUAAUAUCUGUGCUUCUCAAGGGAGGCACCAUUGGAACCAGUAGAUUGCGAUGGAGUUGACGUUAACGUUGAGUAUAUCAGAACUUUCCAGUUUUUGGAAGAGAAAUACUAAAUAAGAGCCUGAGUUGCAGGAUGGUUGGAGGUUUUCGAGGGGAAUUUUGGUCAAGGUGGAAGAGGCAUGCAGGAAAU